UUUGUCUAGAAGAGUGUUUCUGUCGCACAAUAUAAAAACAGAUCGAGACCGGCCAUAAUUUCAAUCCAGGUGCUAGCGACAAAACCGGAAACUUUCUAGGUUAAUAAGGUAGUUCACUGAUGAAGAUGACUCAGUAUAUCAGGAGGACAUUGUGGUGACAAAGUAAUCUUGUCGCUGCAGGAAUAAGAUAAUCUAAUGUAGCCGAAGAUCAACAAAUCAAAUCCUUCGAAUUCUAUGGAUCAACUGCACAGACAGGUGAAUUCUUUUUGAUGAUGAAGCAUAAUUCAAAGAACUGUUCUGAGAGACAUCUUUCUACCAACAUAUUGCUUUCACAUUACUUUCGCAAAAGCGCCUUGCCUUGGCCUUUUAUUAUUGUCAGCCAAUCUUUCGGAAGCAGCCCGAGAGACAUUAGAUUUUCACUGCACUUGCGAAAUUUUCUCAGCAAGAUCACUCUAUUCUUUUCUGGUGACAGAGAAAAUGAGUGAUCUCAAAAGUAAAAACCCCAAAGCCAGGGAGAGACUGCGACACCUUGAAAUGAAGAGAGCCGCAAUCGAUCAGGUCUUUUGCUAUUUCAUUGGGACAGUGAUAAAAGAGUUGUCCUGUGAAACUAGGAUAUCAGAAGAUUCAUGCUAACCUAGCACUUGUUUCGACAGGGAGUGGCCUACUUUUGUACUGCUUUGAAAUCUCUAGGGGAGUUCUGGAAGAUGAACCAUGAAUGGAUGGGCAAGAUCAAUUGUGAAGAACUUCAUGGCAAGGAGACCAUCAAUUGGGAAAAGCUUGUUGACGUGGUGUUGGCAACUCUUUAUGACCUGAUAAAAGUAGCGGCAGAAAGUUCCGAGGAGAUGGUUCAACAUGAGCAGAAGAAAGAUCACAGUCAACAAAACAUCACACCUGGCAAAGUCCCCGCGGAGUCUCCAUCCAACCGGACCUCCUGGUUUAGGCCAACAACUUUCAAUUUGAUAUGGAAGACGACCAGAAGUCCUUCUACUGAUGUUACAUUCAUCCCGUGUCUUCUGCGGCCUCGCAGUGGUAGCACUGCGUGGAAACAGAGGCCCAUCCAGGUGAGAGGAAUCGAUACAAGCAAUUCGGAAGCACGGCUUGCAGCUGCAGUACAAAGAAGUGCAAAUGUAGCGGCUGCGACCACGGCACCACCACCACCACCAGUGCCACCACCAGGCACUCCACCACCACCUCUUCCUACACCCUCGAAAGGAUUGCGUACAUCGCCACCACCUCUGCCACCGUUCAAAGGAGCUGCUCCACCGCCUCCUCCUCCACGAACUGCGACCACAUCGUUAUACACCAGGAAAGCAACCACUAGGUUGAGAAGAUCAGCUCAAAUUGCCAGCCUUUAUCGGUUCUUGAAAGCGAAGAUGGACGGGUCAAAUCUAGAGGGUAAAUCUGACAGUGGAAGAAAACAUCAUGCUCGGGGUUCUUCAGGUGGAAACCAAGGGAUGGCUGAUGCAUUAGCAGAGAUGACAAAGAGAUCGGCGUACUUUCAAAAGAUUGAGACAGACGUGCAAACGCAUGGAAAAACGAUCAUAGACUUGAAAGCAAAGAUAAAUUCCUUUCACACCAAGAACAUGGUUGAGCUCCUCAAGUUCCACAACUUGGUUGAAUCGCAUCUCGAUAGUUUAACAGAUGAAACACAGGUUUUAGCAAGGUUCGAAGGCUUUCCCGAGAAGAAGCUCGAAGCUUUAAGAGCAGCAGCAGCCCUGUACUUGAAGCUUGAGGCGAUUGCCGUUCACUUGCAGAACUGGGAGAUUGUGCCUCCGCUUGGCAAGCUUUUUGACCAUAUUGAGAACUACUUCAGCAAGAUGAAACGAGAGGUUGACAUGCUCGAACAAAUAAAGGACGAAGAGGCCAAGAAGUUUCAUAGAUACAAUGUUGAAUUCGACUUCAAUAUCCUUGUAAGAAUCAAGGAAUCGAUGGUCGAUGUUUCUUCGAGAUGCAUGGAGUUGGUACUUAAGGAAAGAAGAGAAGCAAAGGCAAAAGAGAAAGAGGACACCGCAACGAGACUGGCAAGGCGAAGAGAUGGUAACAGCAAGAUGCUUUGGAGGGCUUUUCAAUUGGCUUUCCGGGUGUACUCGUUCGCCGGUGGCCAUGACGACCGUGCGGACAAACUCAGCAAAGAAUUAGCUCAUGAAAUCGAGACCGAUUCUUAGCGUCAUCAAAUCCCGCAUUUCUCUAAGUCGUGGCUUCGACCAUGCAUUAUGUUGCAGCAUCUCCUACUAAUUCUGUUGAUGAGCACUUGACGGUGGACAGAUAGGACACAAGUACAGCUGAGUAGCAAUGCAAUGCAGAAAGUAUCUUAUUCCAUCAGAUACACAACGUGCCGCCAAUCAGAGUUGAGACAUUUUGAUAGACUAUCGUUUUCCCCUUUAACACACACUGAUUUGAUUAAGAAGCAAAUGGUUCUUGACAUCAUCUGUAGCGUAACUGUUCCAACACUGUCUCAAUGCAACGAGUCUUGUAAAUACACUUGAUUUUGCAGUUGAGCUUAAUCCUGAAUGAUCUGGGAAAACAUGACAC